AUUUUCAUGUUUGUUUACUUUUUAGCAUUGUUCAGUGUUAAGAAAAACAGUGGCUAAUCACUUAGAUGUUAUGAUUGGGAUUCACAUUUGAGCACAAGCACCAUCAUGUAACUUAUAAUCGUUUUUGUAUUCUUCAUUACUUUCAGACUUUGCUCACCAAAAUUAUUUACAACUUUACAAGGACAGAAAUCUAAUGGCAACAUCAUCGAGUGCAAAAAAAGCUGCAAUUAGGGUUUUAUCGUAUCAUAUAGGCACAAGAAAAAUAAGAACUUCGAUUUCGCAAAUCCGAAAAUUUUCUGGUUUUGAAGAUAGGGAACAUAAUUGGGCUCAGUUUGCUGACGAUCAUGUUUCAACUAAAGCUGUUGUAUGGCCGGAUGAAACUAUGGGUCCGCUGAAUACGCCGGACUUCCGAUUCGCUCUACCUGGAAAUAUCGGUGUCACGAAAGAGGACAAAGCAGUGGAACGUAAUAGACCAGUAGAUACCCAAGCUGAAGUUCUGCCUGAAGGAAUAGCAGAACGUCACCUCACUGUUAUAUCCCAACUUAUAGCAGAAUCAGAUUACCUUGACCCUGAUAGUCAAACUGAUACUGAUAUGGCCGAUUGUAUUUUACGAAAGUAUUUUGAAAAUGCAAGGGUUGAACUUGCAAUGCAAGAUUGCCCUCAUAUGAUUUACAAAGAUUUUGCGUCGUUUUUUCCAGAUAUGCCACAAAAUGGGAAGUUAACCAUUGUUACAAUAACGCAACGAACUGACAACGAUAUGUCUGGAUGGACGGAAUCCGUUGAUGAAGAACGCGAAAAACUUUUAGAAAACUUUAUGUCCACUGCAACAGAAAUAUGCCAUACGUUAAAAGCACAUAAUUAUUGGUGCGAUUAUGUGGAUCCAUCCUCAGGCCAGCCAUUUUUUGGGCCGUAUACUAACACUACAUUUUAUGAAACUGAUGAACGUUAUCGCCACCUAGGGUUCGAAAUUGAAGAUUUGGGCUGUUGUAAAGUCAUAUACCAUAAAAAAUGGGGCGCGAAAGUAUUUGUGGGAAGUAUUUUCACAAUGGCUCCUAAGGAGCAUGCUGUCAUGCAAAAUCUACUCAAACUUCUUGAUUAGUUUAACUGUUUUAUUAUUCCUCGCCUAUGAUUAAAUCUAGUGGUUAUUUCUUAAUAUUUUUAUGAGCUUCUUUUAAUGUCUUUGCUCGAAAAAAAGCUCGGCACAAGCGGACGCUUUCUAAAAUUAACUGGGUUAGGAGUUGAUGAAAUCUUGAUUAGUUCAACUAUAUUAUUCAAUCUCGCCUAUGAUAUACUUUUUUUUAUUCAGGAGUUAAAUCUAGGGUUCAUUUCCUAAUAUUAUUAUGAUCCUCUUUUCGUGUCUUUGCUGUGAUAAAAGCUCAGCAUACUUGCUAAUUACAACUGGGUUAGGAAUUGCUGGAAUCUUGUUUGUCAAACCAAGUUCAGCUGCCCAGUUUAGGUAAGGUUAUCUAAUAUGUUUCUACAAUGGCAUUGCAUUGUGUGCUCAUUUCAAUCUGAUUGUUAUGUAACACAUGUUUCAUAACCAUUGCUGAAUUCAAAAAUUUAUUUGAACUUAGUUAUGUCUUUUAAUAAUAUGUGUGAACACAACUUGCCUUGUUAAUCUGAGUCAAUAUUAAUCAAAAUCCUAUAAAUUUGGAUAAAUUAAUGCUCAUUCUAGUUAGAAAAGAGCUGAAAUGUUCGCAGAAUUAUAUGUUGAACUACCGUAAGCAUCUCAAGUAUAGGAAUAAUAAAAUAUUCCAUAGGCAUGUACGUAGAUAGAUAAAGCUGUGUAAUUUGCCGAUGGUCAAACUAGGCACCUAUUAACAGCAAGUAAUAUCUCACAUAUGUUUUCUCACAAUUUGUAUCCCCUUCAUAGUUUAUUCCGAUGGCUUUUUUUUUUGUACAUGCCACGCCAAUUUGUUUAUUUAGAAAGACGAUUCAAUGAAUCUAAUAUUCAUUUGAAAAACAAUAAUUCCAUCAUUAUAUAUUGCAAAUCAAAUAAUGUUAAUUAUUUGUGACUGAGUCCUGUAUUAUCAGGCUCUUUUUGACCCUCGUGUGUAUAGGAUAGAUAUUUCGUUACUCAAGUAAAUUAUUUGCUUUCUUGGUCUCAGUAUAAUUCAAGUGCAGGAUUGAUAUGGAUUAAUUGUGCCCUCUCCUUGUGCUUUAAAAUAAUUGCUAUAUUUGGUACAGUCAAGUUGAAUAUUUUUAUAAAUGUUCGACUAUCCAAGUUAAAAAUACAUUUAUGAAUGCUGUAUGCGUGUUCAUAUAAAAUUGGUAACUGAUAAUAAAUUCAACUAUCAACCUAACUAACAUUGUGCACUGGCCAAGUCUACCUAAAAACAAGGAUUUUAGGGUACCUUUCUGGUGUAGCUAUAUAACAGUGUUACCAUUAGCAGUGUGUACCUCUUAGCUAACAAAGCCCUUGUUGAAAAACCCUUGUUCAAGGGUGAGAGCUCCCAAUAAAAUUAAUGAUAGGCCAUGGCAUUUGCAUUGAAAAAACUUGAAUUUCUACCUGGAAUUUCAUUUGUAAACUAGUGUAGAAUAUCUAAGAGCUGGCCCUUGUUUUACUGAGUUUCGUGCUAAUAACUAUUUCAUCAACGUUGUUGAUUUGUUUAAGCUGAAAGAAUAAAAUAAAUUUACUGUGAACUUGA